GUGGCUACCAUUAGAUUUCUCUCAUAUGUCCCCUACCCGCUGCUUCCCACCCAUAAGGUUCACCUCAACAAGCGGCCCGUCUCCCGCACUAACACUGAUCGGUAGCGUAACGUUUGUUUACACUUUGCGUUGCAUUUCGGUCUAUCUUAUUUUACGAAAAAGUCUGUUGGUUCGUGUGCUUAUUUUGUUUGUUAUUGUUCGCCAUAUCCGUAGUAUCGCGAUCUUCAAAUUAUACAGCCUGCCCCGGCCAAACUUUUUGCAUUGUAAGUUAUUAUCGUUGUACAGUUAAGCGUAAUAAUGCAAUGUUAACUUUUAUGCACGGAUAUAGUUUGUACGUGAUGUUAAUUAAACGGACAAAUGUGACGAGAAAUGAAACGGCAUUCGGAUGAAGUCAUGGCGUCCGCGGACACAGUCGGAGCAUACACCGCCACCGCUACCCGAUCACCACCUAGAUCCAGGCCCAAUCUGGUGACUAUUUCCAAUGUUGUCCAAUCAAAUUUUGUUUCGCAAGCUAUAAACAAUCCAAAUAUACAGUUCAACACUGUACAACCUUUUAGUCCACCUACAAUGCCAGUUUUAGCUUUGAAUGAUAAAAUCCCUGGCUCACUUCCUGGAGGGUCUGCCAUGCCAGCUCUUCAUUCAAUUCAAGCACAACAUUCUAUUCAACAAAUAAGGCAGAAAGUUGUACCAUCUACAACUAUUAUUCAACAACAGCAACUGCAGCAACAGCAGCAACAACAAACACAAUUUCAGAGGCUCAAGGUCGAAGAUGCCCUAUCCUAUUUGGAUCAGGUGAAAUUUAAAUUUAGUAAUCAACCACAAGUCUACAAUGACUUCUUAGAUAUUAUGAAAGAAUUUAAAUCUCAAAGUAUUGAUACUCCUGGAGUGAUAACACGAGUCUCAAACCUAUUCAAAGGUCAUCCUGAGCUUAUAGUAGGGUUUAAUACGUUCCUACCUCCUGGUUAUAAAAUAGAAAUUAAGAAUAAUGAACUUGGAUUUCAUGUUUCUGUGUCGAUACCAAGUGGCCCAGCAAUUACAUCUUCCCAGACCAUAAUUCAUUCAACAACUCAACAUAUUAUGUCUAGCACUACUCCAAUUACUACUACACCAGUCACUUUGACGACUACACCACCUGUAGUAAUUAAACCAGCUGGACAUUUACCUAUAAAUCAGGUCAAUACUACUUCAGUCGUAAUGAAUCAUCAUACAACUCAUAACAGUAGUAUAACACCAACUGCUACACCUUCUAGUUCUUUUCAUUCAACACAAAUACCUUUGUCUGUAGCUAGUUUAAGCCAAGUGGCUUCUAAUAUACCUCAAGUAUCAAUACCUACAACUCAAGAAUCAGCCAAUUCACAAAAUCAACCGGUUGAAUUUAAUCAUGCUAUAAACUAUGUAAAUAAAAUUAAAAAUCGCUUUCAAGGGCAACCAGAAAAAUAUAAAAGAUUUUUAGAAAUAUUGCAUACUUAUCAAAAGGAACAAAAAACUCAUAAAGAUAAUGUUGUUCCAGCAACAGAAAAAACACUAACAGAAGCUGAAGUAUAUCAGCAAGUUGCCAAAUUAUUUGAAAACCAAGAUGAUUUACUAGUUGAAUUUGGACAGUUUCUACCAGAUGCUAAAACACCUGAUGCUAAGCAGGUUGCAGAAGCUAUAACUGCUCCCAAGAAAACUUCUGUUGUUACUAGUGUGCCUCCAGUUACAGUUGCAGCACCUAUAAUUAAAAAAGAACACCCUGCUAAUAUUCCAACUACUAAAGAAAGCAGUAAAGAACCAAUUGUUCCAAAUGUGGCUUUGAAAAGAACUUCAUCAUUUUCUUCCAGUCAAAAUUUACCACCACCAAAAAAACCUAAAUCUCCAUUUCCAAGUUUAGGAGAUGUAUCAUAUGUAGAAGCUUAUAAAUAUGGUACAUUGACAGAUUUUGCAUUUUUUGAUCUUGUUAGGAAAUCAAUUCAUAAUGCUUCAGCAUAUGAUGAUUUCUUGAGAUGUCUAGUUCUGUACUAUAAUGAAAUAAUAUCAAAAUCAGAACUGCUGAAUUUGGUACAGCCUUUUCUUGGAAAAUAUUCGGAACUAUUUAGAAGAUUUAAAGAUUUUAUUGGAACCAGUGAAAAAAGUAAUAAUGCCACCACGGCUCCAACGGAAAAUAAACUUUCUGGGUUGCCACACUUUUCAUUACUCGAUCCUGGUUCUAAUCGCCAAGAUAGAUCUGCUGGUGAUCUACCUACUGAUAUAGAUUACAGUAUUUGUAAAAGGUUAGGUGCGAGUUAUUGUGCUGUACCUUCUGAUUAUCAAACGCCCAAAUGUAGUGGUAGGACGAAAAUGUGUUACGAAGUACUAAAUGACACUUGGGUUUCUUUCCCUACAUGGUCUGAAGAAUCAUCAUUUGCUACUAGUCGAAAAACUCAAUAUGAAGAAUACAUGCAUAGGUGUGAAGAUGAAAGAUUUGAACUUGAUCUCGUCAUGGAAAUUAAUUUAUCAGCAAUAUAUUCAUUGGAGGAAAUUUUAAGAAAGUUUAAUAGAAUGACACCUGAUGAAAUAGCAAAAUUUAAAAUUGAUGAUAGUUUUGAUAAUGAAUCAAGCUCAAUGUCAACUAAUAGAAGAGCUAUCAAAAGACUAUAUGGUGAUAAGACAAUAGAUAUACUCGAAGGACUUAAAAAUAGUCCAGUAACUGUCAUUCCAAUAGUUUUAAAAAGGCUGAAAGGCAAAGAUGCAGAAUGGAGAGAUGCACGAAAUAAUUUCAAUGACAUAUGGAAAACUCAAAAUGAGAAAUAUUACCUAAAAUCAUUAGACCAUCAAGGUGUUAAUUUCAAACAAAGUGAUAUGAAAUAUUUAAGAUCAAAAUCAUUAUUAAAUGAAAUUGAAACUUUAUAUGAUGAGCGUUAUGAACAAAAUGACAAUACACCUAGACCUCAUAUGGUGUUUUCCUAUACUGAUAAGUCAAUUUUAGAUGAUGCUGCUAAUUUAUUGAUACAUCAUGUUAAGAGACAAGCUAGUAUUAAUAAAGAAGAUAAACAAAAAAUAAAAUCACUUAUCCGACGAUUUAUUCCUGAUAUGUUUCAUCAUCCAAGACAGGAGUUAAGUGAUGAUGAACACGAUGGUCAGAAUGAUUGUUCUAAUAAUAAUUCACCUGAAACAACUAAAGCUUCAUUGCGUAUCUCUGAAGAAAAAGAUUUAUUGGAUAUAAAAAUUACAGACAACGAUAAAUCAAAAGCACCUGAACAUUCAAGUACGGAAGAAUGUUACACAUUAUUUUAUGGAAAUAACAAUUGGUAUUUGUUCCUCAGACUUCACCAUAUCCUUUGUGAUCGACUUACUCAAAUGUAUAAAAAGGCAUCACAAUUGGUUCAUGAUGAAUGUAUUUAUCAAGCGACAAGGUUAGAGUCUGCUGCUGCAAAACUACGUCUUAACCCCAAAUCAGACAUUUUGUUAGAAGACUAUUACCCAGCUCUACUUGAAAUGAUAAAAAACGUUUUGGAUGGCAAUAUGGAUUCAAAUACCUAUGAAGAUACAUUAAGAGAAAUGUUUGGAAUUCAUGCGUAUGUAGGAUUUACUUUAGAUAAGGUUGUUGUUUAUGCUGUUCGACAAUUGCAGCACUUAGUAUCAGAUGAAUACUGUCAAGAGUGUUAUAGUAUGUUUUUGAAAGAAAGUAAAAAAAAUGGAACUGGAGGCCUUUGUAGUACAGCAUGUCAAAGAAUUGUCCAAGAAACAGCAUAUCAACGUAGAGCAGAAGCAGCUUUGAGUAAUGAUAAUAAUUGUUAUAAAAUAUUAAUUUAUAAAUCUAAUUGCAAAUUAACAUUUGAGUUGCUGGACACUGACACAGAUGAUAAUCAAGAUAGUAGUAAAUGGACAAGUUUUGAUAAUGAACCACUAUCUGAAACUAAUGAUGAAAAACAAGAAGAAAACCAAAGUCCUAAAGAUUAAUAUUCAAUUUCUUAAAAUGUUCUAACUUUAAAUAAUUAAGUAUUCUAUACCUUUAUUAUUAUUUAUUAUUAAUUUUUUAUAUAAAUUGUUUCUACUACAAUAUGUAGUCUAAUUUAAUUCUUGCUCUACAUUGAUUCCAAAAUCUUGACUGAAAGAUUACUUUAGAAGUUUGGAGAAGUUUGUAUAUACUUUAUUGACAUUUGAUGAGGAUUAAAAUCAACCAUUUACCUACUUUUUUUUUUUUUUCAUAAAAAAAAUAUUAAGUUCAUUUCUUUGAGGAUUUAUUGAUUGAAUACUCCUAGAAUAUCUGAGUUGACACAUUACUAUCAAUUACUGCAACAGUGAUUAUAUUCUAUCUUGUAAAUACUGAAGAUUUAAAUUUGUAUGUUUUGACUAUUGUUUAAAAAAUGAAUAUUAUGUAUAGAAAUGCUGUAUAUAUGUAUAUUUUUUUAUUUAACUUUUUCUGUAGUAAAUAGAUAAACAUUUGAAUCAGUUA